GCACACCAUACAGAAAAAGAGGCAGGUCUGUAUCAUCUACCAACGUCUAUUCCUCCUUAUUCUGUGCUUCACCACGAUGAAUCUCUACAAUACUCUUCUUGCAGCCAUUGCAUUGGUGGUCGGAGCAGACGCAUUCUCUUUUUCUCCAGAGAACGGAACCAAUGCGAAGCCCCCCACGGGUUCCGUCGGUCGACGUGCGGCGUUUGCGGAAGUCACCGCCACUGCCGCUGCAAUUGCCGGGGGAUCGCUCCUGAUUUCCAAUCCUGGUACCGCCGUUGCCGCCACGGGACCCGAGGUAUUCGUGGGGACGUACACCGACCCAAUCAACCAUCCUGGGGGAACGAGAACCAUCAAGUUGCUGGACGGCCAAAAGAUUGGAGACUACCAAUUGGCAGAGGUUCGCGGCGGGGGCGGACGAGGCGAGCCAGAAAAUUAUGUGCUGCCCGCGGCCAUCAUUGGAGAUCGAACCAUUGUCAUUGACUUUUCUCCCAAGGGGGGACCCAGGGAUUUUGUCGGAAUCCUGCAGAACGGGGACAUUAAGUUCUUGAAGGACGGAAAUCGCUGGCCAAGACAGUAAACACGAAAUGGACAGGGCCUAUGCAAUGUCGACGAAUGAGUCGACGAAUAAAACGGAAUGCCAGCAACCAAGGGAAUCCAUAUCCAUCUACGAAUCACUACUAGUACCAGGGAGGCCGGUGCUGCUAUUAGCUAGUUGGCAUGCUGAAAUCUUCGAUGGCACGAAGACUGCAUUAAUCUAGUAUAGCAGCUUUUGCAGUAGCCACAAUAUUAGUAACCGUAAUGUUUGAAAAUGAAUCGUUUUCUCGGCAAUGGCCGAAGGUCGAUCAUCGAAAAAUUGGUAGGCGUUGUAUUGUACUGAAGGUAUGUAAUACUGAUACCAUACUGUACCGUGUGUAAAUUUCUGGUUUGUGUUUCACAUACCGGUAGUAGUAGAAAAUAUCGGACUCGAAAUCCUUCCUUAGUUCUUUUUUGGAUCUUGAGGUACCUGUCUGAUGAACCUUGCAUUUUCAAAAUCAAAAGUAUGGAAGUAAACAUWGCGCUUCGCCAACCACAACGAGCACUGUACCACACACGAAAAUGAAUAAAUACUCUGAACAUUA